UACUAUGAAAUAACAAUCUUGUCAAAUUCGAAUAAAGAUAAAACAAUAAUUGCUAUUGGUCUCGCCACAAAAAAAUAUCCAACCAACAGAUUACCUGGUUGUAAUACACAUUCAGUUGGAUUUCAUUCAGAUGAAGGUAGAAUAUUCCACAAUGAAAAGUAUACUGGAUCAAAAUAUAGUGAUAAAUGGGGAGAAGUAAAUGAUGUAAUAGGUUGUGGUUAUGUCCCAAAUACUGGUCAAGUUUUUUUUACAAUGAAUGGUAAAAAUUUGGGUGAUGCUUAUACCGGUCUAUUUUAUGAUAAGUGGUAUCCUACAAUUGGUUCUAAUGGUUUUUGUAGAUUAAAAGUUAAUUUUGGUAAAAAAGAAUUUAAAUAUAAAGAAGCCAAUGGUAUGAGCGUUGCUGGUAUAAUUUAA